AGCGCCUCGCCGCGGCGGCCGCUGGCGGCGAAGUCCGCGCGGUCUCUCGGUCGGACGGCACGGAAACACGUUCGCGAGACGAGAAACGCUGCAGCGGCAGCCGGGCCCCUUGAAGUUGCUGCGCGCGGCACGAGGAGGCCAAUGGACGCCGGCUCUCUGGGCAGCUGCAGCAGCGGAGGCGGCACGCCGUCACCGCCGACGCUCACGUUCGGAUCACCGGCGGCUGCCGCGCACUCGCCGUCGGCCCGCGGAGGCUCAAGCCCGAAGUCGGGCUUCGGCUCACUGACGCCGACGCGCUCGACGCCCGAGAGCCCUCUGGGCGCAGCGUUACCACCGCCCCCGCCACCACCCAAGCAACCUGGUUACGGCGUGUUGCACGCUCUCAACGGUGGCCGCGCUCUGUACGGGGGCAUGCGGCCACCGCCAUCGCCGCCGGGCAUCCCGUCUGACGCGUCCGCCACCGACUGUCGCCUGAUCGACUACCGCGGCGCCAAGGUAGCCGCGUUCCUUGUGAACGGCGAGUACCUGCUGUGCCUGCCACAGGCGUUCGAGCUGUUCCUCAAGCACCUCGUGGGCGGACUACACACGGUGUACACCAAGCUCAAGCGGCUCGACAUCACUCCCAUCGUGUGCAACGUGGAGCAAGUGCGAAUCCUGCGCGGACUGGGCGCCAUCCAGCCCGGCGUGAACCGGUGCAAGCUGCUCUCGUGCAAGGACUUCGACUCGCUCUACAAGGACUGCACCACUGCCAGAUCCGCGAGUCGACUGUGGAACGCUGCCUCUCUCAUGGGUGCUGGCUCUAGUCCUGCCAAUGCCAGCUAUCCGUUCCUGUCACAAGAGAAGAGGUACCCUGGAGAGGAUGCAUCUAUCCAGGCUCGGUCUCGAAACCAAGCCCGGCCCCCCAAGCGUUCCUCGCUGAUGUCGAUGAGUCCGAGCAAUGGGAGUCCGCUGGGCAUGAUGAGCAAGAAGGGCCGCAUGGACGACUACCCGGGAUACGAGAACGGGCACUUGGCAGCCGAGCAAGCGGACAAGCCUCACCACGGUGGCGGCGGGGGUGCCCUACUGCCCAACGGCUUCAGCCCGCAGCAAGCGGCGGCAGCCGCGGCCGCUGCGCACCUGAACGCCACGCUGCCCUUCCUCGCCCUGGGCUCGCACCCACACCCUGGCGGUCUGUUGAGCGCCGCCAUGGGGAUUCCUCUGCCCGGCGCGACGCCGCACCACCCGCUGGGAGGCGCAGCGCCCUCGCGCACCGACCACCACCUCGCCAAGGCCGCGCCGCCUCAGCUUGACCCGCAAGCCGCCCUGAGGUUGCGAGACGACGGCGGCAGCGUUAGGGACCGGAACUUUUCGUCCUACGAUGGAAGCCGGCUCAAGGAUUCGGCCGCUUUUGUCAAUGGCGGCCUUCCGGUGUCGGAGUCCAACGGACACGGGCCUCCGGUGCUGAACCUGUCGCAACACGGCCAUCGCAACAGCGCGACACGGGACUACCACGACGGCGCGGCCGCCGACGCCGAAGACGACACCGAAGACGACACGGACGACAGGGACCCAGAGCUUAGCGGCGCCGAAGGAAGCAGCAGCCCCGAGCUCCACGGCGGUGGAGGGGGCGGUGGAGGCCAGGGAGGGCCUGGCAUGGACGAGCGCUACGCCCUCGACGCGGCACUAGGUCUGGGCGCCGUGUCUUCGAUCGAGACACUCCUGCGCAACAUACAGGGCCUGCUCAAGGUGGCCGCGGACAACGCCAGGCACCAGGACAGGCAGAUCAGCAUCGAAAAGGCUGAGCUCAAGAUGGAAGUGUUGCGAGAACGAGGACUGCGGGAGAGCCUCGAGAAGCAGCUGUCCGAGGAACAGAGGACGAGAGUGUUGUACCAGAAGCGUCUGAAGAAGGAGCGCCGGUGUCGAAGGCGCAUCCAGGAUCAACUUGAGCUGGAGCAGAAAAAGCGCUCUCAGUACGAAGAGGUUCUACGAAACAGUGCCGCCGCCGACCACCGGUCACCACCCGCGCAAUCACAGCCGCAGCCCCAGACGACGCAUGCGCAGGCGACGCAACAACUAACGCCACCUGAACGUGUUCCGUCGCCGGACAUGGACCCAGAGCGUCACAGCAGACAAGAAUCCGAGAAGAAAGUUGAGUCCACGACAUCCGUCGGCUAGACCGAGGCCACCUUUCUUCUCCUCGCGCGCGUCAUCUUUUUUCCCUCCUCGCAUCUCUCCGUGACCUGCAGUCCCCGCCCUGAAACCGACGACGAGCCCCGGUGUCGAGUCCCGUAAACUUCCCUCAUCCAACCAACGAGACGCUGCCACCACCACCAACGUACGGGACACUCGAAAUUGUGCGCGGUGACCGCGCUUAGUGCACAGCAAGGCGCACGCGUUAUGGCCUGCGCUGACUGCUCGUGUUUCGGGAACGUGCGUCGACGAACGAACGCUGCUGCGUCAACGUUCGCGCUCACCGUGUCCUCCUUCAUCUGGUGAUGAUGAUAAUGAUGAAAUGUGGCUGAGCCCUCUCUCGUGAACGAGCAGCGCCGCGGUGCGGCGGCGAAGAUCCCUGCGUGUACAUACAAUGCCGCCAUGCCACCCUGUGUGUUGUCUCCCCGUGUCCAGUCAUGAACUUUUACUUUCCUCAAAUGUUGAAUUGCUGUCGUCCAUCAUUUCCCCUAUCUGUCAGAUUUUCUUUUUUUAUAUCAUGUUUAUCUCGCAAACCUCCCCUGCGGGUGAUAUGCCGUGGCCGCCUUUUUUUUUUCUUUAACUAUCAAUCAGAAGAGUCAUCGUGAUUGAGGAUACAGCCCCUCUAUGAGCAAGAAACAUACAGACAGUUCGGCCACGUAUGCCCCUUAAAUCAUCAGUUGUCAUGUACUAUACUCACGGAGGGUGCAUCAGUGUGUAAACUAUAAGACAAUUUUAACAAAUCGUACCUGUUCUGCGGGAGGUUUUGCAACCAUUACAUAAACAAAUGAAAAAAAAUCGGUACGUCCCUCUCUCUCCAUGUUAUUCAUUCAUCGUGUCGACGAACUGACACCUCCACGCACUCUGACACAUAACCUUUGUUGUAUUAGAUUUUCUCAUUCAUAUGCGUACAUGGUACCUAUUAUCUAUCUCACCUCUCACCUUGGCUCCGUGGUCUUCUUCGUCCUUUGCCUUCCAAAAGCGCUUGGAUUUCGCGUAACUUAUGUUUAGUGUUAGCCGAUGUAUUGAUAUAGAGAGCGUUGUCGAACUGUUUAUAACGUUUCUGCGUGUGCGUGUGUGUAGCGCGAGAGAUUUCGUGGUGUGUCUGGUUGAACAAAAAAUUAUUCCGUAACUUCUUUCUUGUGGUUUACUUUUCACACAAGAAAAAAUGUGCCUGUUUUAGGGAUCAUACGAAUGAGUGUGCGUUCUCUCUCUUUUUUAUUCUUUCCUUAAAUUUGCGUGGAUGCGUGUAUGUGAAGACCCGGUUCACCCUUAUGCCCGACGCUGCUCCAUCUUGUAAACAGAAGGAAACCAAGCCCACUAAGAAUCCUCGGAGUCUGCUGGUGGUCUAACUAACCGGCUGUUGUAACAUAAGCUGUGGCGGUAUGGCAAACCUGCUUUUGUGGAUCUCGAAGACAAUUUUCAUUGCAUGACAAAGCCGUCACUCCUCCUACUUCCCCGGUGUCAUUACUUUCUUGCUCUGUCGCGGAUGAGAGCGCAUUUGUACGACACCGUACGUAAUGCGACAGGCUGCAGUGUUACUGAGGAUUUGUACAUUCUACUUGUGUUCACGUGUUCGAGCAACUGUGUGAUUACGUACGUGAGGAACGAUGUUGUUGUAGCGGCUCACGUGGUGGUGUCCAAAUAUGUUAAUAGCCAAUCCCACCUUCUUUACGUUACGUACCUUCUAUAGUGUCCGAGUGACGCACGUGUUUUACCGAUGGGUUUCGAAGUUUUCUUCGAGUUAAAAUUCGCGUUCUUCAAGCCACAUGGUGUGUAAACUAUAAGCAUUUGUUGGAAUAUGUACCAACUAGGCCCAAAUGAAGUAUUAUUGGUGUUGAAAGCUACACAGAGCUUGUUCCAAGCACCGGAAUUCUAAAACAGAUAUUUCGAAGCUCUUGUACGUUCAUGAGACUACGUGUUGGUGUGCUAGUUCUAGCAGCAGUAAAAACGCCGCCAAGGUCGUUUUAAGUACCCCGAUUCUCUCUUUCACUUUUCGUAAGCCAGGGUGUACAUGUCACUGAGAAAACGUGAAGGCCUCCAUUCUCAAAGGGCACCUAACCAGCCUCUGAACAUACAAAAAAAAAAAAAAACGAGCGCGUUCUUCUCUCCUGGCGUCUCUCGUCUUUCUGGCGCACUUCGUGACGCAAGAAAGGUAAUUCACGUGACGUCAUUACGGUACGUGAUCUCCAUUGGUCCAUAUAUGCGAAAUAUCAGUUGUGAAUUAUCUCCUACCCUGCUUUGCCAUGCAGCCGCCCACCCGUUCUUCCUCGUCUCGCGUGACUAUAGUGGCGAUCAACUGAUUUCACUUCAUUUGCGUGUUUCCGACUGCGCAAGCGGAGAUAACCGCGUGUAGCCGAAAAACGCGAAAUCCUGACAGGCUUAACGCUUAGUGCUGACAUUGUACACGUGCUUUUGAGAAAUAAGUGGUGAGGAGGAGAUAUGGCCUGUAGGAAGGGUAGCGAAGGCGAGAAAGAAAGCACUCCCUCGUCUUUGAACGCGGGGUGGUUAGGGGCCCUUUAACGGAGCGCAUCAUCUCAGGUUCAUUAGCCCUACUACCACCAGCCUCAAUUGGGGGACAGAUUACAGUAAGACCCAUCAAUUAUUACACAGAAACGUAAAAGGCUCAACAAAAUAUUGUAAUUCGUGACUAAAACGUGCACCACUAUAUUUUACGUCUUGUAAACACUUGAAAACUCCUAUAUGGUAAGCGAGCAGUGCGAGAAGCAAAUUUGGCGAAUGAAUUCGAAAAAGAAAAAAAAAAUCUCGUAUCAUAUUAUAUACGGAAUCUUACAGUAAUACUUACGGAGCACCAGGACAAAAUGCUCAAGGGCUGACGUUCUGAGCAUCUAAGACCUUUGCCAGGGGCGUUCUUUGCAUUUUUUAUUAGUCGCAGAUCUGCAUUUGCAGGACAUACUCCCGCAUAAAAAGAGCUAGUUUUGUGACGCCACCUGGAGAGCUCGGCUGACACUGAAACGACGUUUCGGAUUUCCGCAGAAGAGCUUUCGCUCUUCGAUCGGUUUCGACAACGUUGCGCCAUCUAUCGAGACGAGGGUUCAACAGCCGGGCCAUUGACCUCUGCUUCUGCGCGGCUGCGGAUUGCGCUCACUGUGCAGUUACUCUGUUGCGCAGUUGGCUCGGACGGGCACCGCGCGUGCGAGUCAUAAACGGCUCCAAGACAAGCCCAGACUUACAAAUGCCGUGUUAAUAAUCUUUGUUUUUCCUUCCUUCGCUCAGCGUGUUCACGAAACGUCAGCUUCUUCAUUGCUUGCUAAUGUAUUUCUCUGAGGUUUAUCUGCUGUAUUUUUGUCGUUAUUCUGUGCCGGUAUUGAAGUCAAGUAUUGUUUGACUCUUUGUAUUGGUUUUUAGCAAUUUCAAAUUAAUUUUAUUGUCUACUAGAACUUCAGCUCUUCAUGUGCGGCUUGCGUUAAAGUUACGCGGCCCUGCAGUGACCUCGCCUUACGUUAAGUGCGUGGGCAAGACACAUUAAUAUGUACUGCCAUAGGUUCACUAGGACUGCAUGUCCACGCCGAGGUAAAAUCGUUGAAGGAAGUGUAUUUUUAUUUCAUCUGUGUUUUUUUUUGUAGUUUUCAGCCAUUUAACCGCGUGGGAAUAACAUUCAGUACGUUUUAAACCGCUCGCGAUCUGGCUCUACGGCUAUCUUCAACACACGAUUACUAAAUCUUGCUAUCUGUGUUACACUGGACGUGGCAAUGAUGAAUUACAAUUUGGAACCAACUUAAAGUGAGGUCAUUCUGUUUUCCCUAUACGCAUUGUUUCAAACCACGCCCUGUGAAUACUUGUUCUGUAGCACACUUGUCACUGUUGACAAUUAUCAUUGCUAUUACUCAUCAUUAUCAGUCAUCAGCUAUUGUUCUCCUACACGGUUCGCACCAUGUCGCUUCCUGCUGAAAACAAUGGCGAAGCUAGAGCUAUUCCUGUGUCAAUGUGCGAAUGAGGAUUUGUGUGUCAUGUUAGAGACCAACAUGCUGUGUUUUCUUUCUCCCUAUUCUGCCCUAGGAACCUUCGAGGUUAUCAUGUGGUCUCAUGGUGAAUAAAAAAUGGUUUGAAGGAGUGUAAUCACACGAUAUGUAUUUAAAUGAAAAACGCGUGUGUGUGCGUCUGUGUGAGAGAGAUUGUAAUAUGUGCACCCGCCUGAAGUAGCGUAUUGUUGAUGGCAUGUUACACAAUAACAGAGCCGUUGAAGGCUUGUGAGACGACAAAGAAUACAAAGAAAGAUGUGGAAUUAUUGAAUAUGCGUUUAUUUGAUUUCCUUUUUUUUUCCGAGUUGAAAUAUAACAUCAUUUUAAAACACUG